ACUCAGCCAAGUAGGUUGUAGAUUCCAUCACAACAUUUUGACUUUCUGCCAAUUGCAUUGACCCAGACUCUCUGCUCCUCGCUGCGGAUUGCUAACCCCAUCGUCCCCACAAGGGGAAGGAGACACAGACGGUGCCCAUGGCGUCUUCUGGGUCAGGGUGUCCUCCACUUGGAUUCUCCGGCAAGUAUUACCAUGUCUCCGGCGACGGAGGCCCCUGUGUGAGGCAAAGCAGCUUCUUUGGAGGCAAUGUUGUGCUCAAUCAAGGCAUUGGGUACGCUGUUAUUCUUGGCUUUGGAGCCUUUUUUGCUGUCUUCACCUCCUUCCUGGUAUGGCUGGAGAAGCGAUAUGUAGGUUCCCGGCAUACAUCGGAGUGGUUCAAUACUGCAGGGAGAAAUGUCAAAACAGGACUGAUUGCUAGUGUCAUUGUAUCCCAGUGGACUUGGGCAGCUACAAUCCUGCAAAGUUCCAAUGUUGCUUGGGAGUAUGGAGUUAGCGGCCCUUUUUGGUAUGCAAGUGGGGCUACCAUCCAGGUGCUCUUGUUUGGCAUAAUGGCUAUAGAGAUCAAAAGAAAAGCUCCUCAUGCUCAUACUGUCUGUGAAAUUGUUAAAGCUCGAUGGGGGACAGCAGCUCAUAUUGUCUUCCUCGCUUUCUGCUUCUUGACAAAUAUUAUUGUAACAGCCAUGCUGCUUCUUGGGGGUUCUGCUGUUGUAAAUGCACUGACUGGAGUGAACAUUUAUGCUGCAAGCUUUCUGAUACCUCUAGGCGUAAUUGCUUACACACUGGCUGGAGGGCUAAAAGCCACAUUCUUGGCAAGUUACAUUCAUUCUGUCAUAGUGCAUGUGGUUUUAGUCAUCUUUGUAUACCUAGUUUACACAGCAAGCAGUGAGCUUGGUAGCCCAAGCAUCGUAUACAAACAUUUGUUGGCUGUUGCAAGCAAAUCAAGAAUAUGUCAAGAGCCACUUUCCCAUGAAGGGCAAUCUUGCGGCCCUGUUGGUGGAAAUUACAAAGGCUCAUACCUAACAAUGUUGAGUUCUGGUGGGCUUGUGUUUGGAAUCAUCAACAUUGUUGGCAACUUUGGUACUGUUUUUGUUGAUAAUGGAUACUGGGUAAGUGCCAUAGCUGCACGGCCUUCAUCAACGCAUAAGGGUUACUUAUUGGGCGGGCUAGUCUGGUUUGCUGUGCCAUUUUCUUUGGCAACGUCGCUGGGUCUAGGAGCACUAGCCCUUGAUCUACCAAUAACAGAAAAUGAGGCAAGCCGUGGACUUGUUCCUCCUGCUACAGCCAUUGCAUUGAUGGGGAAAGGAGGAUCCAUUCUUCUCCUUACUAUGCUUUUUAUGGCAGUGACUUCUGCUGGUUCCUCUGAGCUAAUAGCUGUCUCCUCAUUAUGCACAUAUGACAUUUACCGUACAUACAUAAAUCCAAAUGCAAGUGGAAAGAAAAUCCUCAAAGUGUCAAGAGGUGUUGUCUUAGGAUUUGGAUGUUUCAUGGGGUUGCUAGCAGUAAUUCUAAACAAGGUGGGAGUUUCAUUGGGUUGGAUGUAUCUUGCCAUGGGGGUGCUCAUUGGUUCUGCAGUUCUUCCCAUCGCUUUCAUGCUUUUGUGGAGAAAAGCAAAUGCAAUUGGAGCCAUUCUUGGAACAACUAUUGGGUGUAUUCUUGGAAUUAUCACUUGGUUAGCAGUUACAAGUAUUGAGUAUGGCCGGGUAAAUCUUGAUACGACUGGCAAAAAUGCUCCAAUGCUAGCUGGAAACCUGGUCUCUAUACUCAGUGGUGGAGCCAUUCAUGCUGUUUGUAGUCUUGUGUGGCCACAAAACUACAACUGGGAUACCACUAAGCAGAUAACAGUGGUUGAAAAGGAAAAGAGCGAGCUUCCAGCAGAAGAGUUCAAGGGAGAAAAACUGAUGAAAGCUAAAGCAUGGAUAGUCAAAUGGGGAGCUGGUUUUACUGCUGUAAUUGUCAUAUUGUGGCCUCUGCUCUCUCUUCCAGCAGGGGAGUUCAGUAUUGGGUACUUCACAUUCUGGGCAGUCAUUGCUAUAGCAUGGGGAUCCAUUGGAUCAGCAAUAAUUAUAGCUUUACCAUUAGUUGAAAGCUUGGAAACGCUCCGCAAUGUCUGUCUUGGCAUGUUUACAAAUGACAGGCUAAUGGAAAAGGUUGAGGAAGUGAAUUUCAAGCUUCACGCCAUCAUGUUGGCUAUGCCUGAAGCUGAGAAAAUUUACUUACUGGAGAAAGAAAAAGCCAAGAAAAAAGAAGCCUUGGGGCAAACAAGCUGACUCUCUGCCUCUUCUAAUGCUGCUUUUGCUGAAUAUGAUCAGUUGGACUGGACUUUGGGUGCUCUUCAGAUAAUGCAAAAUGAUGGUUGCUGUCAAGCCCUUGGCUUGAAGCAUGUAAAUAGAAAUGUUCACAUACGUAUAAUUCUAUUGAUGCUAUGAAUCUCAGAGAGCAACCUUUGUAUGUAUAAUGCUGUCGAAGGUAUACCCAAAUAAUACAGGCUAAGAAUGCUCAAGCUAUUUAUCCA